GUUCCCGACAAGGCCAUGGUCGACAUGCCGGUGCAAGCCUGGCAAGCCGCAGAUGCCAAGGUCACGACCACCCCUGUCGCCGCCCCCGCGGCGGCGCUGAUGGACGGGGAGGCCGCCCAGGAGGAGGGCGCCGCGAAGGUAGCUGCCGCGGAUGCGGAGGCCGCCGCGAAGGCAGACGUCGAGAGUGCGGCCGCUGAGAAGGCCCAGGAUGAGGAGGAGAAGAAGGAAGCAGCUGCCGAAGGUGCCGAUGCUGACGGGGCCGCGAUGAUGGCGCAAGAGGCGGGCGGCGCCGCCGCGAAGGCAGCUGCCGAGAGUGCCGAUGCCGUGGCGGCCGCGGGGAAGCACCAAGAUGAGGAGGAAGCCGCCGUGAAGGCAGCUGCCGAGAGGGCCGACGCCGCGGCGGCCGCGGGGAAGCACCAAGAUGAGGAGGGGGCUGCCGUGAAGGCAGCUGCCGAGAGGGCCGAUGCGGAGGCGGCCGCGAGGAAGCACCAAGAUGAGGAGGAGGCCGCCGCGAAGGCAGCUGCUGGGAAGGCCGACGCCGAGGCGGCCGCGAGGAAGCACCAGGAGGAGGAGGCCGCCGCCAAGGCAGCUGCCGAGAGGGCCGAUGCCGAGGCGGCGUCGAGGAAGCGCCAAGAGGAGGAGGCCGCCGCCAAGGCAGCUGCCGCCGCGAAGGAGGUCGAGGCCGCGAGGAAGGCCCAGGAGCAAGAGCGGGCCGCCUUGAAGGCGGCGGCCGAGGAGGUCGAGGCCGACUCCGCGAAGAAGGCGGCCGCGCCGAAGACGACCGCUGGGAAGAAGAAGGACGCCGCCGCAAAGAAGGCAGCUGCUGAGAAGGAUGCAGCUGCGAAGGCAGCUGCGGCGAAGCUCCCCCAGGGCACGCUGGGCGCGACCCCAGCGGCGGCGGCGUCGAGCUCGUCAGGGGCGACUGCGGGGAGCUGA